AGUUGUACUCUGACCAAAAAAAUAUUUAAAUAACUACAAGAAACUACUAGUACUAGUUUCUUUCCAAAUCGAAGAAGGAAAGAAAGGAAGACCAUCAUGACGAUCCUGUCCUGGAUCGGCGCCGGGUGUGGCGGUGGUGCCUAUCCUGUGCAAAAGUAUCGUACUCGUAUUGCAGUCCUGCAUUACAAAUUUUUUUCUCAAGGUGAAUCUGCAUUACAAAUUUUCUUUCUCAUGCUGAGGAAAUUUGUCAUGCAUUAAUACGAGUACGAUACUUUUGCAGUUCAUAGUGCCGCCCUGUUCGCGUUGAUUGUCUACGUCACGGGCUAUAUCAUGGAGGAGCUCCUCAUUUUUGCCGUCAUUCCCAAGGGGGUUUUCGACGCGAAUGCGAACCUUGCCGGCAAGUUCGUCAGCGUAGCCGGUGACGCGGUGAGCAUCAGUGCGGGGUUCGCCAUGCCUGCUUUCGAUUCCUACGACGAUUUGGCAGAUUUGCCUGGAAACACCGAGGCUGAGAAGGACGCCUACACCUCUUGCGGGCACAUCGGACGCUUCGUUGUGGCUCAGUGUCUGAUGGUUGCCGCAUUUGCGGUUGCGACCCUGCUGUGUGUGGUAUCAAAAGGAAAAAUCCCCCCUCCCCAUAUCAAAGCGGAAGUCUGUGAUGCAGAUUUGUGGCCACAAAUCAGCUUUGUGAUGCUAGAAGGCAAAAGAUGCAGACUGUAGUGCUGUCUAGCGUGGGAAAGCCUUGCAGCUCCAGGAUGACAGGAGGCAACUGGAAGUGGGAAACAGCAUGACAGAUUACCUGCAAUUUAGGCCGCAGCUUCGUCUCUUGGCCUUCUAGCAAUACAAGUCGACUGGUGUACUCAAAUACAGCAUCACAAAUUCGCGCAUCUUCCGUUUCCGAUAUGAGGCGCGGGCUUUUUUCGCUUUGAUAUGUGGUAACCGCGCGGGACGGGAACCCGGGAAAGAUGGCUGGCAUGGCCAUUGCCGGCAGUGGCGCGUUGCUGUUCCUGUUUGCCGUCGUGACCUUUUUUCUGUUUCCGUUUAGCUGCGUAUGACAGUGGUGCACAACUCCCCCUCUACUCCCUGAUUCGGAGGGCAUAUGUAACCGGCUGCCACACAAGUGCUGGCAAAAAUGCAGCUUCUGCAUGACAAAUUCGCAACCGGGAGUCUAGGGCUGUUUCAGCUUCCGGAAUCUGCCAUGCAAGGAGUGCUUAAGGGAAAGGGAUGGAUUUGGUAUUUUGCAUGACAAAUGAGGGGGAGGGGGAGUUGUGCACUGUCAUAAUGCGUGGAGGCGAUCGCGAAGGCUGUGGAUGACGCGGCGACGGAUAUGGCGUUCUCAAACGUAUUUACAUUCUCAACUGUUACGAUAGAUUUGUAAUGCAAGAAUAGCACUGAUGAGAGCAGAGGGACAGGGAGAACCUAAACCUUGCGCGUCUUGCGUUACAGAUUUGGUGCGGAUUCUAGUGCUAUUGAUUUAGCGCAUCAAAAGUUUGCCAUGCUAAAAGUAGCUUGAUCGUGGCAAUGUUCUUGAUAGUGAUUUUGCAUGACAAAUCAUGCAAAAACAGUUGAGAAUCAUGUAAAAACGCUUGAAAACCCCAUAAGAACGGGCUCGUAUAAAAUCGAGGACAGCUGGUACAUGGCUGGCGGCUUCUACAUUUACGUGUUCCAGAGCUUCCUGGUGGCGGUAUCCUGUGUAAAAACGUCCCCAAACCACAGUUGUCAUGCAACUCUGCGUGGUUGAAAUAUUUCUCAUGCGAAGCCCCUUGAGAAGCAUUUUCUAAUGCGGUUUGGAAAUCUGUAAUGCGCCGAUCAGCAUGAGAAACUAGAUCUGUAAUGCUGCUUACCUAGCUCAAACAGAACUACACUACGCGUCCAAAUUUGUCAUGCGAAUAAACAGCCGAAGCUUAUGGAUUUGUCUAGCGGAUUUCCCAUCUUGACUCUGGUGUGGGGACAUUUUUACUCACGAUAGGCGGGCGCUGCAGGCCUGGUGGGGGCUGACGCCAUGAUGGCGCCGGACGGACGUGGCUAUGACAGCGCACAACUCCCCCUCCCCCUCAUUUGUACUAUUGCAUGGACAGCAAUAUAGACACCCGCACCUACGGAGCCUGUCGUGCAUGACAGGUUCUUCAUGCGCGUAAUGUAGUACUGUUUGGGAAGAUUCCGGAUUCUGUCAUGCGAACACUGCCGCAGGGCAGCGCUUGGAUUUGGUAUUUUGCAUGACAAAUGAGGGUGUUCCGGGCUGUGCUUUGUGCACCCCUCGGACCCCACACCCCCCCGGGCUCGGUAGCGCAGUCUGUUAAGCAUGACAAAUGAGGGGGAGGGGGAGUUGUGCACUCCCAUAGUGGCCCGCCGGUUUCCAAAAACGCCGCCGCCGCGGGACCUCCUGUCAUUGACAUGACCGUGAUGCGCAAAGAAGGGGAAGCUGCGGCUCCGGCCGCGGCUCCGGCGGUGGUAAAAAAUUCUCGUUUUUCACUUGUUCUUGUUGUAAUAAAUCUACGACUUCAUAUAUAAGCUAAUUUUUGUUUUGUUGCUUUCUAAAUAAUAUAACUCCCGGUCCAGCACGAGGGAAGUAGAAAAACAGUACUUUUAGCUGAGCGUGCUGCGAACUUGUGCUUGUCACGCAUGUCUUCUGCGAGUGGAUGCAUCAUCGAAGAGCGGCUUUUUGGUGUCCCGACGAGGAGGGGCAAAGCCAGCAAAAUCUUUCCGCGCCGGGCGCCUUGGUCUGUGCCCGAGUUUUGGGCCCAGUGGCUGCACUAAUGUGCCCCACCUAGGAGCACCAUCGCGCCACACCGGGAACAGAGCCAGCUCGCGCGCGAUGGACAGGGAGGGCAUCCAUUGCACUCCCUUCCCCCUGAGUUGUCCUCGGGUGCCAAGAGUUUUGCUCUUGCGACAGGUGAGCACAAAUCUGUGCAUUUUGGAACACAAGGCCUCGGGACUUGGUCUACAGAUUUUGCCUCUGCGAAUUUAGAAAAGUGGCCCUCGCGAAUUUCGCGCGAAUUUAGAAAAGUGGCCCUCGCGAAUUUCGAAAGACCGACCUGAAAUUGCGUUUUUUUCUAAAUUCGCGCGAAAUUCGCAAGGGUCACUCUUCUAAAUUCGCAGAGGCAGCUUUUGCAAAUUCGCACGGGUCACCUUUGUGAAUUCGCAAAUCGAGAAUACCGCCCUGAUUGGUGGGCAUGCCUUUAAACGCUUAGCCCGAUGGUAUUCUGGUGGUCCAACUUUAGCAAAAUUCAAAAGUUACAUCUGAAGCCGCGUGGUAUGAUGAGAAAGUGGCUGCGAUUGUGCGCGACGGCGUUAAAAGUUUCGCAUCUGGCGCAAAAAGCUGCUGCUCAUGGUUGACGCCGUGGCAGUUUCCAAGCCGUCGCCUGUCGCAUCGAAAGCGAAGAGCCCCGCUCGAUGGUGAGGCACGGGAAACGCAGCAAAUUUCCUUGCGUCCCUCGGAAGGGCAUGGGACCGACAACAGGGUGGCCACGUGAUUGGCCACCAGACGUUGGCUUUUGGGUUUGCGCUGAAAUUCGCUUGAAAUUCGCGCCUGCUCUUUCUAAUGGGUGUCCAAGCUCUAACUUGUGCUUGUGACGCACGUCUUCUGCGAGUUGAUGCAUCAUCGAAGAGCGGCCGCGGUUGUACUUCUACUUCCAAGGUGAUAUUAAGUAAAUAACAUCAUGACAAUGAAUCUGCUACGAUAUUAUAACAGGCUGCUGGGUCGGAUGAAAAUGCUGUUCCCGAGUCCUCAAACGGUGAGCAAGCUGCGGCGCCGGCUGCUCAAGCGGUCGCCGGGGACGAGGACGCUGACAACGUGGUGUAA